AAUAAAUAACAAUCUGUCUCUCCUCUCUCCAGUUUAAUUAUUAUUUUUUUUUAUAAUUUUUUUUCUUUUUUUUAUAAUUAUUUAUAACAAAAUUAAUCAUGGACGAAGAUUCACGAACAAUUUAUUGUGGUAAUUUGAGCAGCAAAUGUACUGAAGAAAUUCUGUAUGAAUUAUUUAUGCAGGCAGGUCCAUUGGAAAAAGUAAAUAUUCCAAAAGAUCGUGAUGGUAAUAUUAAAACAUUUGGCUUCAUAACAUUUAAACAUAAAAAAUCAGUUCCAUAUGCUGUUGAAUUAUUUGAGGGUACAAAUUUAUAUAAUCGUCAAAUGUCAAUAAAACCAAGACAAACUGAGCAAAAUCAAGUAUCACAUCCAUUUAUGAAUAUGCAACAAAAUAUGAAUGAUUUAUUAAAAUAUGGUAAUCAAAUAUUGAUGGGUUAUCCAAUGCAAAAUUAUGGAGUAACAAAUAUGAAUAUGAUACCACCAUUUUACAUGCCAGCUAAUGUUACUGGUUAUCCACCAAGUCAAGUUGGUCAUUAUUCACAUGGUAAAUUGUUAAAUAAUGAUAGACAAUCAUCAAGAAGUCAUCCUUAUAAUAAUCGUGAACGUGAAAGACAUCGUGAUAGAGAUUCACAUCGUGAUCGUCAUCAUGAACGUGAUCAUGACCGUCAUCAUCAUCAUCAAUCAUCACACAGAGACAACAGAGACAAUAGAAAUCAUCGUCCAGUUAAUCAUCACAAAAGUGGACGUAGUUAUCGGUGAAUUUUUUAUAAAUUUUCAUUUGUUUUAUCCUAAAAAUAUUGUAAAUAACAAAAAAAAAAAAUAUUGCAAUUUUUCUUUUUGUACAAAUAAUAGAUAUCUAAAUUCUUUUUUCUUUUGGAAAUUUAUAAAAAUAAAUUAUAAAUAAAAUUUUCUAAUAA